GAUACUGGGAGCCAAUUUAAAACGCAGGUUAAUUUAUGAGUAAGUUCAAACAUGGAGUCUUGCAUGCGCGCCGAAUUCAAAAUAUCAUCGUGAUGAUUAAAAAUCAAGUCAUAUUUCAUGUGACUGACAAACAUUUCAACGCCCUUCAUUCAUAGUUACUAAAGCGGCUAGUGGUGACGUAAUCCACUAGUGUGGGAGUCCAGACUCAGACCAGUUUAGGUCAGGAGCACAAAAAGUAGACUGAGCCUCCGUGACUUUGACGUAAGGGCAAAUAGCAGAUACGUGACUUAUAUUCACAUUAGCUAACCAGAGUGAUGAAACGGAGAGUAUGAUGAGCAAAAAACUGCUGUUGAAACGUAUCCAAAACUUGCUAGCUACCGCCCUCCUGAGUAGCCUUUGGGAAAAAGUCAAGUGGCUAUAGCUAACGCGAAGCUAGGAAACAUUACUUGGCUAACCGGGUCCGUUGACAGGUUGACUUGUCACGCUGCUUGCUUAGCCAUUACGGCUGCGAACUAGCGGCGUUGCCAAAUUCAAUGUGUACAAUUGACAUCCAAAACUGUAUGGUAAGAUAAUGUUAGAAAGCCAAAGCGGGCGGCAUUAGCUUUAGCAUAACAAGAGCUCUGCUUUGGGAGUCAGCUGACAGCCUGCUGUAAGCUGCCAAUAGUCCAGUGAUGGAUCAACUGAAAGUAAAGGAUCGCAUAUUGGAAAACAUCUCCCUGUCUGUCAAGAAGUUGCAGAGUUACUUUGCGGCCUGUGAAGAUGAGACUCCAGCUAUCCGAAAUCAUGACCGGGUCCUGCAGCGCCUCUGUGAACACCUUGACCAUGCUCUGUUGUAUGGGCUGCAGGACAUCUCCUCAGGCUACUGGAUCCUGGUCCUUCACUUCACUAGGAGAGAGGCUGUCCGCCAGAUAGAUGAGCUUCAGCACAUAGCAACCAACCUUGGUCGAAGCCGUGCAUGGUUAUACCUGGCAUUGAGUGAGAGCUCUUUGGAGAGCUAUCUGCGCCUCUUCCAGGAGAACCAAGGAUUACUGCAGAAGUAUUAUUUCAAGAAUGCACUGGUUUGCAGUCAUGACCACCUCACGCUAUUCCUCACCCUGGUGUCUGGCCUUGAGUUCAUUCGCUUUGAUCUGGAGCUGGAUGUGCCCUAUCUGGAUGUGGCCCCCUACAUGCCUGAAUAUUACAAACCCCACAACCUGCUGGACUUUGAGGAGAGGCUGCCCAGCUCAGACAGCUUGUCCCUGCACUCCUUCACCUCCCUCACCUCCACCAACCUGGAGUGGGAUGACAGUGCCAUAGCCCCGUCCAGUGAAGAUUAUGAUUUCGGUGACAUCUUCCCCGUGUUGCAGUCAUUGCCAAGUGCAGACUGGGAAGAAGGUGACCUGACCGACCAGGCCAGCUGCCCACGAUCCAGUGGCUCUGAUCCCCAGACAGUCAUCAGCGACGCGGUGGUCCCUUCUGCUGGCACUGUCAAGGUGAAAGUAGCAACUCAUCUUUCUCCACACAGCCCAACGUUCAGGCACAACCCCUUCAACGAGGAUUCGGACACCAACACCUCAGCUGACGUCACGCCAGUUCACGUGGCCAGCCGCCACACCACCACCACCAUCACUGGAGAUGACAUGGACGGCACCUGCGAUGAGCUGGAGGUCAUCAGGAUGGCCAGGCGAAGGAAACCAGCCAAGAAGCGACGAGGGAAAGGCUCCACAGAUUCCAGCAGCAGCAUCCAUAACUCCGUCUCCUCUGAGCACAUGGAAAUGGACAACAGCCUCCUGGCAUCGGAGGAUGUGGAUUCAUUAAACUGCACUGUAAUUCAGCUGGAUGCUGAAGCAGAGUUGAGGAGAAGCAGAGGGGGAUCAGAGGUUGUGGAGGAAGAUGAGGACGGAGUCGAAGGCCUCCUACGGCUCCCAGAGAUGACAGACACGUCCAUGGACACUGUGGGCCAACCCCUCCGUGAAGUGAUGGACCGGCUCAAUGGGGCUCUGGAUAGGGAGGAGGCCUGGGAGCACCCACAGGAGGGGGAGGAGAAUAACAGUGAAGGCUGUGACCAGGGCCCUGAGCUGCCUGCGCAGCAGCCCUUUCGAGAAGAUUCAGGGGGCAAGCCACCUGACCCAGUCUCCUUCCUGCAGGCCUCUCCUGCAUCCACAGACUUAUGCUGCUUUACCCCCCUCAGUCCAGACCCUACUCCCACAGGUGGUGGCCACUAUGACUUUACAGAGCAUAGCCAGUUGCAGACUAUUUCAGGUGGCCUUGAAGAUGAAGGAGAGGCAAAAGAGGCAGCAAGACAGGAGCCAAAAAUGAAACCCGGGGAGGAAGACACAGAAAAAGGAGAGGAAACGGACAAGAACACACUUACUAAGGAAGCAGAACAACUACAAGAGGAUAAGCUUAGUCCCUCUGAUAGUUCUCACCCUGCAGAGUUUAAGGUGGAUAACAAUCACUUGCUUCUUCUCAUGAUUCAUGUAUUCAGAGAGAAUGAGGAGCAGCUCUUCAAGAUGGUGAGAAUGAGUACAGGCCAUAUGGAGGGAGACCUGCAGCCCCUUUACCUGCUGCUGACGGACUGUUACAUCUACCUGCUAAGGAAGGGUGCAGCAGAGAAGCCCUACACAGUAGAAGAUGCUGUUUCUUACAAUGAGCUAGACUAUCUUUCAGUGGGCCUUGACCAACAGACUGUGACAGUGGUGUGUACCAACAGACGAAGAAAAUUCCUAUUGGAUACAGCUGAUACCUCUCUGACUAUCUGGUUCUUGUCGGUACUCAAGUCAGCCAUGGUGAAGGGCUGUCGUGAGCCUCCUUACCCCUCUGUUCUGACUGAUGCUACUAUGGAAAGACUGUCUCUCACUAAGUUUGUCUCCCAGGAGUCUCACUGUGAGGUAUCUGAAGUGUCUAUCCAACUGUAUUCACUGGUCCAUUGGGAGGAUCCAAUGGACAUGAAUUUGUCACCCCAGGGCGGCCCUCCAAAGUCUGGAGUACCUUCCAGCACCAAGGAGGGGACUCUGCAGUACCGAGCUGGAACCACCUAUCUGGGCAAAGAGCUGUGGAAAAGCUGCUACCUUGUCCUCAGCAAUGGGAUUCUGUACCUGUAUGCAGCAAGAUCUGAUGUGACACCUCUGCAGUCAGUCACUAUGGGAGGAGAGCACUGUGGAGGCUGCCGUCGCUCAAACAGCACAGAGCGUCCCCAUGCCUUUCAAGUCAUCCUGACAGAGCGGCCUCCACUGGAGCUCAGUGCCAAUGAUGAGCAGGACAUGGCUGACUGGAUGCAGCUGCUCUGCCAGUCUGUCUCCAAAGGGGUCAUCCCUCAGGGUGUGGCCCCCACUCCAUGUAUCCCCUGUUGCCUGGUGAUGACCGACGAGAAGCUGCUUACUUGCCAUCAGGACUGUCAGACCAGCUUCUUCCGUUCGUUGGGCAGUGCAGACAUCUGCGACAUCACUGCUGUCAGCCUGGAGGCCGACAAGGAGUACUGUGUCAUUGAGUUUGCAGCAGAUCGGACACAGUUCCUUCCUCCAUGGGUCUUGUACUUUAGCGGGUAUGGAGAGAGACAUCGACUGCUGGAAGCAUUAAACAACACAUGGAAGGCCAUUUACCAGGUUGACCUUCCCCACAGAGAUGUGUCAGAUCCGUCUGUGCAGAAGCGUUGUGGUGAGGCACUCGCCCUGAUGAGCAGCGCCUGGCAGAGGGCAGACAGUCUGGCGCGAGGCAGAGCCCAGCGUGAACCCUGGUGCUGAUGAACGCACACAUACACUUACCUGUGGGUAACCACGGAGACAGACUGAUAGUUUAACAGUCUGAUAUAACUCUAGGAUAGAUUUAACUCUUACAUUACAGUCUGUGUCACUGCAAACUGUUCAGAGUUCUGAAAGACUGAGAGAAACCAAUUCGGUGUGGUUAUUGGUUGCUUAAGCUUACGAUGCACCACUGAUUGACUGAUGAAAUGUUUCUAUCAGAGAAACUUCCUGCAGAAGAAGCAAUGUAUAUGGCACAUCGCAUCGCAAUGAUGCAACAGUAAGACGUUGAAAUGAAAUUAUGAAAUGAAAUUAUAUGAACGAGCCUCUGGCAGUCCAUUACAACAGAUUUGAUUUGAUGCUGGUAAUACAUUUCCGUAAUUCCUUUGUUUGAAGUUUUUCCGAGAUAACAGCAGUGCAGAACAAAUCUGCUGAAUCAAGGAACAGUCUGGUGUCACAUGAUGUGAUAUUUUUUUACUCUCUGGAUGGAAAAAGCUCUGUAGGAAAUGGUAAAGGAUUUUUUGAUGGAUAAGUGGACAACGCACAUACACUAGUUGUGUCAUGGGGGGGGGGGCAUCAAUAUAAAUCCUGCUGAGUUUAGUUCAAGUUUUGUCUCCACCAAGUAAACAUCAUACAGUUGUCUUUAGAGGUGAAUCGACCUUAAAAUCAACACUGAUAUAGAAAUGUUCUCUUCUAAGCCUUGGCUUUGAGAUAUGGACAGCACUGAAAAUGACAUCAAUCUGGAUGGUCCUUGUGAUAUAUAUCAAGAAAGCUAUAAAUGAAGGGACAGUUGCUGCUUGUUUGCAUCAUGGAACAGUGUGACUCCUUGCUUACUAACAGUUAGUGUGCAACAAUUAUAGUGCAAAUGUACAGCGCUGCACAGUAAUGCAUAAUCACUGAUGGUUGUGUGUGUGUCUUAUAUUCAGCUUGAGAGAAUGAGGACAUGAAGAAUAUCUGGAUAUUUAACACUUGGCAUUGUUACAUGACAUGCUUAUGCCUGUCGUCUAUCUGAGAUCUUGCCUAUUUAAAUGUUGCUCUCAGAUAAAAAACCUAUCAGGAAAUGCAACAGAUAUGCCUUUUUCUCCGCUCUGUAGAUACGAGCGGAGGCUUCCAUGCAGACUUGCACAUUGUUAGUGUUAUUAUUUUUUUAUUUUAUGGUUCCAGUCAUGGUUUUGUGUUAAUUUCAUAACAUGUUUUAUUUCCAUUUUAGAGAAAAUGGGAACAGUUGUUACUAAAUUAUUCCAUUGAGUGGUAACAUUUUAAUGGUAUUGACUUUGCUACUUCUCCUUUAUUGUAGGUAAGUAUAGAGUAAGAAUUGUAGUCCAUGUCAAAAAUCCUUUGCGGACUGACAGCUAAAAGUUCUCGUGGCUUGUCAUUUUUAUUUUGCGUCAGUGUUUGGUACUGUACAGUACACUAAGAUCUGGCCACUCCACUAAAUAACAACAUCCCUUUCUGCACUUUUAGUGGUGUAGGAUAAUGUUGGAGGUUCCUCGUAACUUCCUUAAAUAGCCUUUCAACUUAGAGCAAGUGUAGCAUCUGUUAAAUGUUCAAGCUUUACUUGUAAAGGAAUAAGAACUACAAGGCCCUAAACCAAACCCUUUUAUUUUCCCUACAAAUCAUAUUCAGUAGAUGGAAGUGCGUGUGUUACAAUCUGUCCGUACUAGAGUAAUGCUGCUCUGUCAUUUAGCGUGUGUGACUGCUUUCAUUGCAAGGCUGAGAUAAGUGUGAGACUUACUUUGCAAUGACAAUGUUGCCUUUUUCACAACCUUGACUGAACUGGACAAAAUGGCCAAUUCGUUUAACUAAAGCACUAUUUUUCCUGUUUGUAGUUGCCUUACACUGUAAAAAUAGGUUGACUACAUUGGGACACUUUAAACAAUCAUCUUCGUUAAAAUUGUGGUUCUGAUUUCUUUUGAUAGAGAGGUUGAAUAUUUGCUUGAUGUAGGGCUGGGUAUUGAUCCUAGAAGUGAUCUCUCUGAGUAGAGACAUAAUGGUGUUCAUAUUGAAUGUUGGCACAGAAUUGUUGCUUAUUGUCAUCUGAUUAUUCUCUGAUCAGAUAUAGUUUAAUUGCUUUUGAAAACCCGGCAGGUUUUUGUAGAGAGUAAGGUAUUGAAAGAAUACAGUUUGGGUAUUUUUACCAAAACUUGGGUACUGGGGUAAGCACCAGUAUGGAAAAACCUUCAAAUGAUGCCCAGCCCUACUCAUAUGUCACUUAGGUAUGUUUGUAUGAAAUCUUUCUCAGUCACAUUGUUUAAUGUCAGCAUUAAUCAGUGUUUUAAGCCUUUCUAAGUGCCACUCGGUCUCACUCAUCUUCUGCUCUGUUACAAAGAAAUCUAAUCUCAGGUGAAAAAGGUACGUCACAUCCAAAACCUUAAGACUCACCGUGUGUUUUUAUUGCUGCUGUUUUGUCUAAUUACAUCUUUUUUAGUUCCCCUUUUUUAUUUUGGUUCCUCCCAUGUCCCAUACAGCAUUAUGAAGUCACUAUACGCACACAGAGAAGGUUGGAGUGAUAUUAAAUGUUGAAAAAGGUUUUACGUAAGUCGUUUAAUAAUUUACUGGGCUCCAAAGUAGGAUUGGUGGGCCGUGAAUCCGCUCCCCCAGUAGAUUAUUUAAGGACAUUCUGACCUAAUAGUUGGACUUACUUGCCAUGUUUGCUGGAUUAUCAAUUAAAAAAUGUACUGCUUUGAGUUGUGGCACAUGAAGUGUAUAUAAAGAAAAGGUUGAAGUUAGUGUUUGAGCAGUGUUUUGAAUGUGGGACAUUGAUGGAUGACAUCUUCUAAGUGAUGCAUUGUGAAGAAGUGCUUCUUGGUUUUGUUCAUAAACGUAUGCAUGUAACAUUUGUAUUAUGUUUAGUGUUUGUUUUUUUUUUCCAAUUGUAAAUAGAGCACUAAGCAAAUAUAACAUACUGUACAUUCACACAUAAAGACUUGCAUGUUCAGAAGGUUUUAUACUGUUCAUAAUUGUAAUGACUGUACAAAUAAACCUUUGUGAUUGAACAGUGUAAAUGAAUAAACUGAAAUGAAACCUUG